AUGCCGGCCGCCGACGCCUCGCCCAGCGGCGAGCGUCUCGCAGUCCACAGCACGGCCGGUGUGGACCGCGAGUCUCCUGCGAAGCGUGCUCCCAGCAAUGUGAACGUUGUGCGCCCCCUGACCCGCGCGCUACCCGUGGACCCACGCUCCGUGCUCAAUCCUCAAUUCUCGCACGCCCUAGACGUAAAACUUCGCCGGCUGAAAGAGAAAGAGCUGCUGGAGACGAAUCUGCGCCGCCCGACAAGGCCCCGUCUCGCCAUGGGGGCGCUGGCAGCCUCCGAAUGCAACAUCUCCCACGCGGGCCUUCAGGAACGAGAGCAACGCGAGAAGAAUUUUAGGUCGCACCCACAAAUAAACACUGCUCUGUCGAGGGAGAAAACGGGAAUAUCGCCUCGAACCGACGAGAACCCGUCGCCGGGGCCGAAGGGCCGCCACCGGCAAGUCGAUACGGAGAAGCCCCGUUUCGUGACCACAGUUAAAACUGGACAGUUCCUACUACCGCCGCCGCAGCUCGCUUACCUGCUGGGGCUGCACACACUUUAUCCACCGGAAGAGAGGGAAAGGAUUGUUUAUUCUUAUGCGAGCAAACCAAAGGCCGUAGCGACGCGCUGCAAACGUUCUCCCAUCCAGAGAAAAGAAAACAACGCACCCGACGGAGGGCCCGACGUUGGCCCUUGCCAGAAACGGGCAAAUCCACGCGAGGCGCUCAAAGGCGUCCGCGCCCUCAUAGCCAGCGUGGCCGGCGUGCGGCGGGCGCUGCAGGACCACGACCGACCUGAGGAGAUGGGACCGCGCAACCUGAUGCACGAGCGACGCGUAGUACGCGGCAGCACGUACGCCGCGCACGCAUCACACGCUGCCCACGCGCACGCACACGCCGCAGGCGAUGGUGCGAGUAAGGCGCGGAGGCGCGCACUAGCGAGGCGAGCGGCGUUGGCGCGCCUAAGACCUGGAACCCCACCGCCAGCGCCCGGCCGGCGCCACCUCCCCAUUCAGACCGAGCACUAUCUGCAAGAGCUGUUUGAGAAGGGCGUGGAGAUGGAGGUGGGCGUGCAGACGGACUUGUUCGCGGACCGUCCCGCCACGCCGCUCUACGUGCCAGCCAAAACGGGCGCCGACGCGCACACCCAGAUUUACCCGGGAGAUCUGUUCGACUUCGACGUGGAGGUGCAGCCGGUGCUGGAGGUGUUGGUGGGCAAGACGGCGGAGCAGGCGCUGGCCGAGGUGGCGCACGAGGAGGAGCUGGCCGCCCUAAGGGAGCAGCGGCGCCGCUUCGAGGAGGCGCGCCACGCGGAGCGCGCCGAGAGGCAGCGCAUGCUCGCGCGGGACCUGCGGCUGCGCCAGGAGAAGGAGGCGCGCGUGGGCGAGGCGCGCGGCGCGCGGCGGGCGGCGGGCGAGGCGCGCGCGCUGGCCGCCGCCGCCGCGCUGGUGCAGGGCUACGUGGCCGAGCUGCUGCCCUCGGUGCUGGGCGGGCUGCGCGACCGCGGCUACCUGCUGGAGCGGGCGCGCGCGGGCGUUAAUGAAGAGGUGAUGCCGUGGCUCAUAGAAGAAGUCUCGCAAGAGAUAGAAUCUAUUAUCACAAGUCGAGAUGUUAUCACAGAGAUCGUGCGCGACGUGGUUGAAGCUCGGGCGCGCUCUAAGCCCCACGCGGCUCCGCCCGCCUCGCCCACGCCGCCCUCCACGCCCUCCAACGGCUCCUUGGCCGAAGCAGUGGUGAUGAGUGAACAUAAAACGUCCGAGGAGCUCGGCAGCAGCCGGUGCCCGGAGCACGUGCGCGCAUUCGCCACGCCGCCACGUCAUACCAUCCCCAUUAGAGCACUAUUCAACUCCGAGCGGCAC